AUUUUUAAAAUAGUAAAAUCUAGGGUUCUUAUUUCCAUUCCGGCCGUUUUCAUUGCCUCCCUCCGCACUCCGCAGCGGCUCCUCUUCCUUCGUUUUCCUUUCGUCCGCCGCCAUGUCCUUCUUUCGCCACCUCCUCCUCCGCUCCCUCCGCGGCAGCUCCGUCUCCGAGCUCCGCAGCCCACGACACCUCGCCACCAUCUCUACCCCCUCCCGCCACUUCGCUUUCUCCUCUGCCGAGGAGGCAGCUGCCGAACGUCGCCGUCGCAAGCGCCGCCUCCGCAUAGAGCCCCCGCUCCACGCCCUCCGCCGCGAUCCGAACGCCCCUCGCCCUCCGCGCGAUCCCAACGCCCCCCGUCUCCCUGACUCCACAUCCGCCCUCGUCGGCCCCCGCCUCAAUCUCCACAACCGCGUCCAGUCCCUGAUCCGCGGCGGUGACCUCGACGCCGCCUCCUCCACCGCCCGCCACGCCGUUUUCUCCUCAGUCCGCCCCACCGUCUUCACCUGCAACGCCAUCACCGCCUCCAUGCUCCGCGCUGGCCGUAUCGACGACGUCGUCGCUCUCUUCACCUUCUUUUUCAACCAAUCCAACAUUGUACCCAACGUCGUCUCCUACAACAUCUUGAUUAACGCCCACUGUAACGCUGGCCGUGUCGAUGUGGCCCUCGAUGUCUACCGCCACAUCCUGGAGAAUGCCCCCUUUUCCCCCUCCUAUGUGACCUACCGCCACCUCACCAAGGGCCUUGUCGAUGCUGACCGCAUGCAGGACGCCAUCGAUCUUCUCCGUGAGAUGCUCAACCGCGGCCAUGGCGCCGACUCCAUGGUUUACAACACCCUUAUGGCUGGCUUCAUCGACCGUGGAAACAUGGAAAGGGCUCUUCAGUUCUUUGAUGAGCUCCGCGAUCGCUGCCUGGUCUACGACGGUAUCGUACAUUCGACCCUGAUGGAGGCCUACUUCAAGCGUGGAAUGGAUAAGGAGGCUAUGGACUCGUAUCAAUCAUUGCUAGACCGGCAGUUCAAGAUGACCCCUGCCACCUGCAACGUCCUCAUCGAGACCUUGCUGAGGCACCACAAGCUGGUUGAGACAGAAGCAAUGUUUGAGAGUAUGCUAAACAACCACUCCCCGCCUAGCUUUACGGCGAUCAACACCGACACCUACAACCUGAUGGUUAACCAGCGCUUCAAGGAAGGGAAGAUCAUUGAGGCUAUCGAGACAUUCCACCGGCAGCCCAGGAAGCCGGUCAUCAUGGACGUUGGCUGCUUCAAUAACAUCAUCAGAAAGCUCUGCGCGAAUGGGCUGCUUCCAGAGUCAGAGAAGCUGUUUGGUGAAAUGCCUGAGAAGUCAGUUAACCCGGAUGCAACAACUUACAGGACUCUUAUUGAUGCUUGUUUCAGUGCUGGAAGGACAGACAGUGCAUUGGAAUACUUUGAGAAGAUGAUCAAGAGUAGUGGCGAAAGCCCUGGCUUCAGAGUCGACGUCGGACUCUACAACAUGAUGUUCCAUGGAUUGGUGAGCGCAGGACGAAUCAACCAAGCAAUGGAGGUUUUUGGCAAGAUGUGGGAGAGGGGAAUCAGACCUAAUCAGUCGAGUUACGAAGUUUUGAUCACUGCAAUGUGCAACGAGGGAAACCUCGAUCGAGGACGAGAGCUGUUUGAGCAGAUGUUGCGAGACCGUAUAAAUGCUACCCCUGAAUUCAGUGCUUUCCUACUGGAUGCUUUCGGUAAAGCAGGUCGAAGCCAUGAGAUAGAAGGGCUAGUUGCCGGCGGUUCAAGCAAUCCUAAUUCUCAAGCACAGCAGGUAGCUAUUUCGAAUUAGAUACUUAUUUGCAACUCAAAAACCAAAAGAGAAUUGAUCUUUUAAACUGUUGGAGGGAAUUCCAGUUUAAGAUAUUUGUAUGGGCAGUUUUGUUUAAGAUAAUGUCAUAAGGCUAUAGCCUGAUUUGAAAUCUACCAUUGUAUGAACAAAGAAUAUCUAUUCAUGGUGUUCACUUAUCUAUUUCUCUCA